AUGGAAGGCAGAAACUAUCUCGGCGCCGCACCAACUAUACAAGUGCGAGACCCAUCAUUUGACGGAAACGAUCCGGAAACGCUAGACGUUGUACCGCUGUCACGACACGAUUCCAGAACUCCAUUGACACCUCCUCCACCUGCAGCUAUCUCGCAAUCAGGAGGCUAUUUCCUUCCUCCUGGCGCGACUCAGCCUUCGUCAGCAGCCAACACCCCUCUUGGUAACCCUGUCCGAAGCGUUCACUACCCUCCUUCACCACAGCUUCCCCACGUCGAGCGCAACGACCGCAACUACAUGUCAGUCCCACUAAACGACACCUCUACUCCUCAACAGAACGCAAACGCGUCCGAAUCUCGCUCUACCACCCCGCAGACUGGUACCGGCUCCACCACUCCUCGCCGACGUCCAUUCAGCUUCCUCCCAAUGCAGAGCAACAACUAUAGCUCGCAGUCCGUCGACUCGGGCGGCCCAGGGUCGGCGGAGAAGAAGAAGCGGCCCAAGACGGGCAGGUCUCAAUCUUGGGAUUUGCUCGGGGAACGGCCGGAAUGGGAGGAAUACAACCCCAGUCAGGCGAAGGAUGCGAAUCUGCGCUUUGCUGAGGGCGAUGUCGGUACCAACAAGUUUUCGCGCUUCUACUACUGGGCGCUCAACUCCUCCAUCAUCGUCCGCUGGAUCUUCUACAUCGUUCCCAUCCUCGCCAUCCUUUGGAUCCCGGGUAUCGUUGCCCUUGCAUCCGUCCCGGGCGCCGUGGUCUGGGAGGUCGGACUUCUUUGGUGGUCCAUCUGGCUCAGUGUGCUCUGGGGCGGUUUCUGGGCCAGUACGGCGGCGUUCUUGAUUCUUCCAGGUGUCUGGAGGAGUACAGUAGGAAGCAUCGUACCGAGUGCGAGGAAGUACACGGAUGUCAUCAGGGCGCUCGGAAGAUACGCCAAGCUCGUCCCUUGGGCGGCCGCCAUCUGGAUAUCUUUCACGCCUUUGAUCAUCAACCAUUAUGGCGGGAGUGCGGACAGUAAUUCGCGUACCAAUUUGACGACCAUGGUCAACCUCCUAUUCGGUUUCUUCCUGUGUUCGAUCGUCCUCGGCAUCGAGAAGCUCAUCGUGCAGCUCAUCGCCCUUCAAUUCCACCAGGACUCCUACGCCGACCGCUUGGCCGACCAGAAGUUCCAGAUUAAGGCACUGACUACACUAUACAUGAAUUCGCACGACAUUCCAGGUCGAUCUGAUACCCUUACCGACGCCGAUUCGCGCAGGACCAAGGGAUCCCAGGUGCCCAAGGUGGUCAUUCGGAAGGCGCUGAGGGGUCUUCGAGAGGUAGCUCAGACAACUACUACGGCGCUCGGUAACGUCGCGUCUGAGAUGGCUGGGCAGAGUGUACUGCAGACAAAUUCACCGGCAAACAAGGUCACCGCCGCACUGAGCUCUGCGAACAAGUCGAAAGCGCUCGCUCGCCGACUUUUCUACUCUUUCCGUGCGCCUGGUGCUGCUGCGCUCGAUAUCCAAGACAUCGCCCGAUUUUUCCCGGAUCUUGAGACCGCCCAAGGCGCUUUCAGCGUGUUUGACGUCGAUGGAAACGGCGAUGCCACCAGAGAUGAGCUUGAGAGCGCUGUUCUUGCUCUCCAUCGCGAGCGCUUGAGCUUGGAAGCUAGCAUGCGGGAUCUGGAUGGUGCAGUUCGACGGCUCGACGAUAUCUUCAUGGUCAUCGUCGCCGUCAUUGUCAUUCUCAUCCUCGCCGCCAUGGUCACUACACGGCUCACCUCCUUCGUCACUUCCGCCGGAACUUUUGUGCUUGGACUGUCGUGGCUGAUUGGUACGACUAUGCAGGAGAUCCUCCUCGCUUGCAUCUUCCUCUUCGUCAAGCAUCCCUUCGACGUCGGAGACCGAGUGGACAUCGAUGGCCAAUCGUACACCGUGGCCAAGAUGCAGCUGCUCUCAACCAACUUCAAGCGGGUAGACGGCAAAUUUGUCUGGAUUGGGCACAAUGUUCUAGCCACCAAGAUCAUCGAGAACGUCCGCCGUUCCGGUCCCACUUCAGAGUCCUUCUCCUUCGAGGUCGCCUUCGACACGACGUUUGAAGCUCUCCAAUCUCUACGCGGCCGGAUGCUCAUCUUCGUCAAGGAGAACGGGCGCGAUUAUCUCCCUAUAUUUGAUGUCAUUGUUGACGAUAUUCCCGGACAGGGCAAGAUGGUGCUCAAGGCGGAUAUCAAGUACAAGAGUAAUUGGCAGCAGGGAGCUUUGAAGGUGCAGCGACGAAACAAGUGGAUUUGCGCUUUGAAGAUGACUCUGUCGGAUCUGAAAAUUUGGGGCCCGGCUGGGGCGGGUGAUCCGGCACCUGCUCCUGCAGACCCAGUGCGGUACACCAUGGUCCCAUGGGACCAAGUCAACGCCGCUGCGACCACUGCUGCUGCUGGCCCUGCAUCAUCGUCAAAGCCUGAAUCCCCGCCUCCGACCUUCCACGCGGCCACUACUGCCGGUGUGGGCCUGAUGGAUCGCCGACAGGUUGUCAAUGACAGUUCAGCAGACAUCUGGGGAGACGACGAAGAAGCCUCGCAGUUCGGCGGGCCCACUCGACCCGGUACGCCAGGCACAAUGACCCCUGCGGUUUCUACCUCGUCUCAUCAGCCGUUCGACAACGGUCCCACAGUCGGCCCGCCCCGGACGAGGAUCGCGCAUGGUCAGCCGGGCGACUCGAUCGAGAUGACGUCGGGCCCGGUAGCUCGGCGGCAGUAG